AUGUCCUCAAUUGUACGAUCCCCAGACCCAUGCCUGGUCGCAAUAAUCCUCGUCAUCCAAUCUCGUGCUGGCCCGCGCUUUGUCUACCACUACCCCCCAAGCCCAUCUACCAUCAUAAACAACAAGCCCCGUCGUAAUUUUCGUCCAAAAAACAAUGCCAAAAGUUCAGACUCCAGUCUAUCAAGUGCUGAUGGUAACUCAAGUUCUGAUGAUGACGAACUCGGUCAUUCCUCUGCUGGUAGUAGCUCAAUUGGCCGGGGAGCUAACGAGCACAGCAGACGGGGCGGGUUAAGUGAUAGCCGCCAACCAUCUUCAAGGGCGCAUAGUUCCUCACCCUCUCUGCAAGUUACGCGACGAAGUGCGACUCCCGACGCUAAACCGGAUAGUCAACCAGAUGCCGGUAGGGAAGAGGCUAUGGGAGAGCUGUUUCAACCGCCGUGGGAAUCUUUACUAGGACUGCCGACUAGCGUAUGGGAAAAAUUACUCAGUCCAUCUCCAGCAUGGCAUAAGCGUAAAUUCGAGGUGGGUGUCAAUGAUCUUGUUUUUGUGGGAUGGCCUGUUUUUGUGAGAGAGGACGGGACAUGGCGGAAACGGAAGAAGAAAAAGAGAACGAGAAAAAAAGAGGCAUCAACGGAACAAGAUCUAAGAGAUGGUGAUGAAAGGAGGGAUGAGAAGAGGGGUGAUGGAUCCUCGAUACAAGCGCCGCAAACAGAUGGCAAAAAUGACCCCAUUCCGGGGGAUAAGGCGAAUGCGGAAGGCGAUGGCCUUCUACGAUUCCAAGAGAGUGACAAGGGUUCAAUGACGAUGUUCAACGUGGUUUUCGUAUUAAAUCCGCCAUUGUUGGAAUAUAGUUUGCGGAUACGGGAGAAGUAUGAGAAUGUGAUCAAGAAGUUCGGGAAGGGGUUGAAGUCGGAACAGGCGAGGGUGGAUUACGUCUGGAAAGAGGCUCAAACGAUUGUUAAUAUCAAGGAGAAAGCCCGGGAAAACAAAUUGUCCCUUUCUGGACUUUAUUCGGAACUGCUGUCGAAGUCUUCACUUGCUCAAGCGAUAUCUACAGUCUAUACAAGUAUUGCAAACUCCAGAAUCGCCUCCGUGACGCUUACACCCGAAGCAACAAUGUCUCUUCAGGUUCCUCCCAUAACUUCGACGUCUUAUCUCCCUUCUGCCACGGAGACAGCAUAUCCUGGUCUCUGGCUGACCACAGCAAAUAGUCUUUCAGCUACAGAUAACAUGACUGGUAUGGAAACAGAUGUUCCCAACCAAACAUUAGCAAAGCAUUUCGCCUUGCUUCUCCUAACAGAUGAAGCAACGAUAUUGAAGGAUAUUGAGGGUUCAGUGGGUCCACUUGGCCCGCGACUCGCGCAUUACAUUCGCGCCUCCAAACCAACAAAAUCAUUUGCGCAGAUUUCUGCCCAAUCCGGAAUUCCGCUAAGUGACAUCCAGGUGCUUGCGAGUCACCUUGCCUACUGGCGAAGAGCCCGAGCUGUCCCUCCAUUGAGCCGACGGGAUACGUAUAUAGUUUCCCCCAACGCCGAUUUGAGCAAGCUUGAACAAGCAACCGAAGCUUACGAAGCGGCCUUCCCAACCCUACCAAGUCUGCCGAAAAUGCUUCACGCUCUGAGUGACACGCCUAAACCGUAUUCCAGGUUAAUACCUAGCAGGGACCACAAAGAGACAUACUAUGACAUUCUGGCAUGGUUACUGAGAGGAGGUUGGGUCACACAACUACGAACGUUUGGAUGGGUCAGAGUAAGUCCGGAGAUCAAGCAAGCUGUGAACGAAGCACUGGAAAGGGAGAAAGAAAAUAAGAAUAAUGAUGAGGAAGAACAUGAAUCUUCAUCGAUAAACCUAAAUGAUAAAGGAAAGCGACAUCAUCGGACUAAUAUCAACGAUGAUGAAAACAAUGAUUCCCACUCCUCGUCUUCAUCCUCCCUCGAUAGUGACGCCAGCGGCGAUGCCACCCCCAUCCCGAACAAAUUCACCAAUCCAGAAAAUAUUACAAAGCACGAAAAGCAGAAGCGCUCACCCCUCACCUCCUCUCUCAUUCUGCGGCCUCAUCGCGCCUCAUCAUUAGAAUCCCACUGGCUAGAUGAAAUUCUUUCCCAGUUCCCUGAAGCGUCGCACAAUACCAACAUGGACAGUACCAACCACAGUCCUACCCCCACCGCAACUCUGGAUGAAUGUGAUGAUGUCGAUGCUGCUCUCCGAAAAUAUUGGCCUAUUUUCACCAAGUACUUCAAUGGCACAGAUGCGCUGGAGAAAAUACCCGUGCGCGAAGGGCUAAAUCGGAAGAUUGUCUGGCGUUUACUGAACAGGAUUGAUCGGAGUACAUUUUACUCUGGGAGUGAAGGGAGUGGCAGUCCUUCUUCAAAGGAAAAGGUGCUUGUUACUGUGAGACAUUGGUGA